AUGCGUAUCGGCGCUGUAGAUUACUACCAACGGUUCCAAGUGGUUGCAUUCCAGGGCGGUGCGAUGAUUGGGCAUUGUGCUGAGUCAGAAGCCAGGGGCUGCCAAUUUUCACACGCAAGAUCUUAUUUGCCUCUGGGACGUCCCGAGGGAACCGGAAAGAUUUUGACGCCGAUGAAUCUCCAUUCCGCCAAACGGAGCACACAUGCACCACUAAUGUGCCAAGCGGACGCCGGUGGAUCACAGUCGUCUCAUGUCCUCCUACCUCUGGGCGGCGGCCCAUCAAUCACAGUCUAUAGGGCUGCCAUGGCCCUUAUGCCUGCAUUUGUGGGCCAACGAGCCAUGGCGAAUGCGGAGAGUCAGAGAUUUGCGGUGUUCAAACUUUGGAUCAGAAUGCUGGCCCGACAUUCCAUACAUCUGUCUUUGCCUUCGGCAGUUGGUGGGCCGUUUUCAGGAUGA